ACAAACAUGUAACUUUCUUAAUCGUAGUUAGAAACUUUAAGUCUCUAACUACUUUGGCAAAAUGCCAAAACUCUCAACCUGAAUCUCUCAAUCAAUCAAUGUAUUUGGAGAAAUCGUAUGCUUGGUUUUAAUUACUAAUUCUCUGUUUAUUCAUUUGUCAAGAGAGAAACCUGCAAGUUCGUGAACUUUUCAAUUUUUAAUCAAUUGUAAUUUGUCUUGAUUGAACUAUUUUAACUUCUUGCGAAAAUCAGUAGGGCAUUUGUACGUGCCACUUACGUACCACUUCUUCAAAGACACUUAUUGUUACAUUUAAUGCAACGUAGUAAAGAAGAAAAUUCAAUCAUUCUUUGGGAAUGAUAACAAAAAAUCAAGGAGUAUUUCAUGAAGUUAAUUAUAGUUUUCUUUUCGUAAGAAAACUUUUUGUAUAAAACUAUUUUAUACAUACGUUCAAAACUUUAGAUGAGCGUCAUUAUAUUGAAGUAUAAAACUUGAAAAUGACAAGCAACGAGAAGGAAAAAAAGAUUGACUGUCGGAAAGUUUUUAAGAAAUUUCCUUGGGAAUUAAGCGAUAAAGCUUUACAGACUUUAAACAAGCAAUUUUAUACUUACCGUGCUGGUCACAUUGAUGCCGUCAAGCUUGGUAGAGGUGCUGAACUCCAGGCCCUACAGGAAUAUCAUCAGACCAAAAAAAUUGCGAUUCAUGAAGCCGGCCAUAUAAUGGCUAUAUGGUUUGGUGGUUCAAGGAAUACUGCGUCUUAUGCUACUAUUUAUUACACGUGGUCACGUUAUCAUGAACCACAUCACCAUAUUACUCCAGAAAGAAAAUAUCCUCUUGAAACGAUGGCAGCUUUAUUCGAAGAGAUGUGCUUCUGUCUGUCUGGUCGUAUAGCGGAAACCAUGUUUUUCCCUGAAGAAAAAGCUAACUUUCCUUAUUUCAUUCAUUGGGAAAGAAGUGAUAUUCAUAAAGCUAUCAACAUAGCCUACUAUAUGGUUAAAAUGGAAUGGGGUCUAAAGAUAGAUCCCAAAAAUUACGAAUGCAAACGUAUGACUAAAGAAGUUUUGGAAGAUGUUUCAUGUUACUUAAUUAGAGGAUACGAAGCCACAUUAUAUCUACUGAAGAGCAAGGCUGACGUAUUGUUAAAAGUUGCUCUUGAACUCUUGAAAGAGAUAACAUUACCAAAGGACAGACUUGAAGCACUGUUAGGUCGUCCCAGAAAAAGAUGGAUGUCUUUGUAUGACAGGUUUUGCGCCUUUUCAAUGGAACUAAGACCAUUGGCCAGAAAACGAUACUGCCUAAAUAAACGAAAGCGUUCGAAGAAAACCAAAAAAAGAAAAGCCAACACAAGUUGUUCUUCUAAAAGAAAGAGAUCAAAGGCACUGGCAAAUCCCCUGAAGAAAAAGGAAGAGAGAGCAAGAAAGGAAACCCAAAAGAAAAGGCAACGAACUUGUGACACUUCCAAAAAAAGAAAACAGAGCGACUCUGUUGCGCCAAAGAAAAGAAUAACAAAUGAUGGUCAAAUAAUCUCUGUUUAUAGUUAACUCCAUUUUUAUAUGAAAUUACUGAAUAUAAAGAAAUGUCUCUGUUCAGGCUGUAAACAGAGAUAUUGCACAUUCCAAACCAAUCUUCUGGAGUAUUUUGGAAAUUCCUUCUGUAAAAAUUAGCUCGCAAAAAUUUUGUAAUGCUAUAUUUUAAUUUUUUAUUUAUCUGAUUCUUAUGGAUUGUUUAUAAAGUUGGUUAUCAUUUUG